CCGGAAGUUCAGCGUGCUGUGUUGUGGCUGUUUAAAGCUCGGGAACUAAACGUUCAGGCCCCCUGCUGAGAUGUUCCCAGGGUGUCAAGAGCGAGAGGACUAUGAAGACGAGCUGUACGGCGAGGAAGACGACAACAACUCGGAGCCCGACAGCGAGCUUGAAUUCCGCCUCUAUUCCCAGCUCCACUACUCUGCAGAUGACCAGACGGCCGUUCAGGAGAAACCUGGAGAGAGACCAGGUCAGGAGAAACCUCAGGAUUGUCCAUCGCUACCUCAGCCCGAUCAGAGAUUCCAGCCCUCUGCUCCGCCUGAUGAUCUCAUAGUGAUAACCGACUCCGGUCCGGACAUCCUGACGAUUUCAGAUAGCACGGAGGAGGAGGAGAAGGAGGAGGAGGACAGCGUGUGCGCCAGAAAGUGUCAAAGGUCAACCGUUCCCAGCAAGAUUAAAAAGACUUCACUCAGUCAAAUCAAGCCGGCCAGAAAUGCACACGAGGAUGUAGUGAUUGUGGAUUCGGAGUCAGAUCAGAGUUCCCAUUCGGAAUCGUUGCCGCCGUACGUGGUGGAUCUGGGUUCGGAUUCGGAUUCAGACUCGUUACAGAGCUGGAUGGUUCUGGGUAAAGACAAGCAGGACGGAGACCAGGACAUUCAGCUGAACGUUCUGCCGGUGAACGACAGGUAUCAGCGAGAGUUUAUCCAUGAUGAUGAUGAACAGAACUGGAUCGUCUCCAACAAAGACAAGGAGGCUCAGAUCUUCAAUAAAGGGGCCGGUGCGCGUCGCAUCUCCAACCGCUAUUACAUGGAGAAGAACGUCACCUGCCACAACUGCAACAAGAACGGCCACCUUUCCAAAAGCUGCCCGACACCUAAGAAGUCGCCGUGUUGUUCGCUGUGUGGAGCCCAAGGACAUUUCAUAAAGAGCUGUCCCAACCGCUACUGCUCCAACUGCGCUCUGCCCAAUCACACCUACGACGACUGCCGGGAGCGGGCGUACUGGCACAAACGCUGCCACCGCUGUGCCAUGACUGGUCACUUUGCUGAUGCCUGUCCGGAUAUCUGGAGGCAGUAUCACCUCACGACGACGGUUGGCCCCCCGGAGCACCCUCCUCCUCAUCCUCAUCCUCGUCCUCCUCGUCCUCCUCGAGAGAUCCGAAAACCCCCUGCAUACUGCUACAACUGCUCCAAAAAGGGACACUUCGGCCACGAGUGCUCAGAAAGGAGGAUGUUUAACGGGACGUUUCCCACGCUGCCCUUCGCCUCCUCCUACGACACCCAGCAGGACAUCAGACGACUAGAGCACCGCGCUCAGGUCCGAGCCAGAGAGCUGCAGGAGGCCGGCCUGCUAGAACCGAGCGAAGGCGCCGCGACUCCUCAGCCCCCCCGAAAGAAAGCCAAAAACUUCACCUCACUUUCCCCUUUCGCCCCCAAUAUGAAAACACCUAAGAGACGCAUCGCUCACAUCCCCAAACACCCUCCUCACACGGUGCCCAAGCCCAACACACACCUGCGCUGGGACGAGGGCACGCCCACCACGGCCAGGAAGACGAGCAGCACGCCCGGCCCUCACAGCGCCUUCACGCCUCAGUCGGGGGGGGGGAAGAAAAACAAGAAGAAAAACAAAAAUGUGCAGAAAACGGCGCUGAACUCGGAGGAGCACGACUUCCCCCGAAACUUCCAGAACAGUCCGUGUCACAGACCAGCGCACGGGUCUCAGUUCAGAGGCAAGAAGAGCCCCGGAAUACUGUUCAGCUCGGAGAAGAGCAGGAAGAAGAUGAGGAGGGAUGAGAAGAGAGCCAGGAAAGCUUCUAAUGGCAUGAGGAGGGACGAUGAGAACCUGUUUCUGAUCAAACAAAGGAAGCGCAGCAGAUAGCGGCGCGUGUGCAAGUCUGAGCUGCUUUGUCUCCCCCUGGUGGCCGGACCGCGACUUGCAGCUGUGUAGCAUUUAAAUUCAACUCAAGUUUAAUAGUAAAAUUAUUUUUAACACACUAUGAGUUUUGGUCCUUCCGUUUAUUUAAAGACGACAAGAAAUCUGCGUGUUUUAGCUCAUGUUCCUGGUCUGAAUGUGUGUAAACUUUGUGUAUUAAUCACCGAAAGUUCAGUUCUUAUUUGUCUGUAAUUUUGCACUAAUGUGAAGUAAAAACGGCUUUUGGUUUUAAUCACGUCAUCAAAACUAAGCUGGAAUAAAAAAAUAA